UUACAUUAAUCCAUUCAACUGACUCUUUAUAGUUAUAACUAUUCUGACUAGACUAAGUGGUUCACAUUUUAGAAUUAACUUAUAUUGCAGUCCGCAGUACAUAAUUGCAUAAACAAUUUGAUUAUUUUAAAAGUCGGAACUUUUACGCCAACAGGUGCUUGCACGAAGUUGACUGUAGACCGUUUUGUACUGCUGACUGCUACAGAAACAUCGAUUACUGUAACGUGUUUGAAAGACAAGAACAAUGUCCUUUCAGUUGCAAUCAGUUUUAAUCACAGAUGAAAUUGACACUCAGUGUGUCGAAAUUUUACAGAAGAAUGGAAUUCAAGUGGUGAAAAAUACAAAGCUAACGAAAGAACAACUUUUGACAGAAAUUCCAAAAUAUGAUGGACUGGUAGUUAGAUCUGCUACCAAGGUAACAGCAGAUGUCAUCAAUGCUGGAACCAACCUGAAGAUAAUUGGUCGUGCUGGUACAGGGGUCGAUAACAUCGACUGUGAUGCUGCCACAAAACGAGGAAUUAUUGUGAUGAAUACACCAGGUGGAAACACUCUUAGUGCUGCUGAACAUACUUGUACAUUGAUAUGUGCUUUAUCAAGACAUAUUCAUCGAGGUGAUAGAGCUAUGAAAGAGGAAAAAUGGAGUGAAAGAAAAGUUCUGAUGGGUAAUGAGCUUUAUGGAAAAACCCUGGCUAUUAUAGGUUUAGGAAGAAUUGGUAAAGAAGUGGCUCUAAGGAUGCAGUCAUUUGGAAUGACAACCAUUGGUUAUGAUCCUAUCAUCCCAGCUGAGGUUAGUGCAGAGUUUAACACAGAAUGGAUGCCACUGGAGAAGAUUUGGCCACUAGCUGAUUAUAUUACAGUCCACACACCACUCAUUCCACAGACCAGAAAUUUGAUAAAUGACCAAGUAUUCUCAGUGUGUAAGAAAGGUGUUAAAGUGGUUAAUGUAGCGAGAGGUGGCAUCAUAGAAGAGGCGGCCAUCAAGAGAGCUAUAGAAUCAGGUCAAUGUGGAGGAGCAGGUCUAGAUGUCUUUGAAAGUGAGCCACCUAAAGAUUUCACCUUAGCAAAGAUGCCACAAGUAUUAGCCACUCCACAUUUAGGAGCAAGUACCACUGAAGCACAGAAACGGGUGGCUGUUGAGAUUGCAGAACAAUUUGUUGAUGUGGUGCGAGGAAAAAGUUUAUUUGGUGCUAUAAAUGCUCAUGCUAUGACAAAUGCAUUGAGUCCAGAAUCUCGACCAUGGGUAGUACUUGGUAGGAAGUUGGGACAAGUGGCAGCAGGUUUAAACCCAGGAAACGUAGAAAAUAUGCAAGUCACAACUUAUGGACCAUCAUUGAAACAAGCUGGGUCCUACUUGAGUGCAGCUAUACUCUCAGGAUUACUACAGAACUCUCCUGCAUUAGGAGGAGGGGAUAGUCCUACUCUUAAUCUAGUCAAUUCUCCUGCCUUGGCAAAACAAAUGGGAUUAAAUGUAAAGAACACCCAUGAAGAAGCAGCUCCAUCGCCAUAUACCAAUGUAGUGUCAGUGAUAUUCAACAAUGGAUUCCGUCUGUCAGGAACAACUUCUGGUGGUAAUGCCCUUCUCAUUGAAGUCCAAGGUCAACAGUUCUCUGUACCUGCCUCACUAGUUGAUGUAGCUUUACUCUUCAAAGGAACUGGUAACCCUCAGUUACUACCAACUGUAGCAGGAGCUUUGGCUAGUGCUGGAAUGUGUGUAUCAAGUUUGACAGUUUCCAUUGAAAAUGAUGGACAGAAAUGGGGUGUAGCCACUUUUGCCACACCUCCAACAGAAAAAUGUCUGGAAGUUCUGAAGACAAUUGUAAAUGCUGCAGUCCUUGUAACACUAUGAGAACAAUAUGUAGUUUAUUUUAGUUAUUUGUAAGAACCAUGGAUUGGUCUUAAGAUUUAUCCAAGUCUAAAUGAAAGGAAAAUUCAGGUUAUUGGUUAUUAUUUACUUUUGAGACAAUUAUAAAAAGUAUGAAAAUAGGGCAAUUAAUCACACACACACACAUAUAUUAUUAGUGCAUGUUUUGUUAUUAUAUUAGUUAUUAAAGAUAUAAGUGUUAUGUUCGAUCUCAAUACUCAUGAUAUUGAAAUUUGUUUUUGUUUGUUUUCAUUUUUUCCUAUAUUUGCAGUAUCCUUAUACUUGACAAAUAAUUAUUAGGGCUAACUUUUGUUUGUGUAAGAAUCCAUUUUUCAGAAAUCAAGAUUUUUGUAAUUUUUAAGAUAUUAAAAUGUUAAUUGUUAAUAUGGUUUUGUUUCAUAUAUUAUUUUUUAUAAAUCGUUUUGAUUUUCAUAAGCAUCCCCUCAUAAGGAAAGACCCUUAACAGUUUGAUGUAUGAGUCAUAUUUUCAAAAACCUAAGCCAAAAUAUUGUGAUUGUCUGAUUAUGUCUUCCAAUCAUUGAAUAAUCAACCAAUAAUGUAGUAGUAUAGUCAUUACAAAUAGGUAAAUAACCGAACAAUCUGUUGAGAAAUAAAUACUAAGUUAAGUAAGAUGCCAGAACAAGCAUUCUUAUGAAUUAUUACUUUUUUGUAUGAAAACAAAUGCCAUUAAAAUUUAAAGUGGCUUAACUUUAGCAUUUUAGAGACUUAAUACAAAAUUGGUUACAUUUAAUAAAAGAAAUGUUUGAAUGAUUACUAUUUUGUUAACAUUGUGAUAAUUUGGUUACAUUGUAAUGAUUUGGUAAAAUUGUAAUAAUUUGGUUACAUUGUUAAUUAAGUUUGAUAACAUUGUGAUAUACUUUUAAAUGUAGUUUGCUGUAAGUUUUGAAAACUUUUGAUUCCUCUAAAACAUUUCACAUUGCAUUGAGGUUUAUAUAUUGUUCAUCUAAAUACAAUUACCUCAUUAUUCAGACUUAUGACAAAUAUAAGCUGCAACAGCUGUGAAGAUUGGUUGUGUAUUUUCAUUAGAAUCAUUAUUAUUUUUAAAAUCUAAGGACCAAUUUAUUAAUCUUAGGAUUUAUUAUGAAAAUUCAAUCAUUAAAUAAAAAUAAUUGUAUAUUAAUAGUUCAUAGUAUAUGUUAUUUGGUAAAGAAUUGUAGAGCCACAUUCUGUUUUUGUUAGCAGUAUUGAAGCUUGAAGGUGUUGGUAUGUAAGGUCAUUUGAUCAGUAUUAAAGCAUUAAGGUGUGGGUUGAAAGGUCACAUAUCCAGUGUACUUAAUAUUAUCAUUUAUUUCUGUUUGAAUCUCACAAGUUAUGCAUACUCAAGAUAUAUUUUUACAUUGAUGUUUUAAUUCCAUGAAGCAUUAAUUUCAUUGAGGAUUAUGAAAACAGUUGUAAGAUUAUCAUUUUUGUCCUCAAAUUAUUUUUUCUUUACACUAAAUAUGUACCAUUAAUUUUCAGCAAGUAAAUCAAAACUGUUUUGUGUUAGAGUAGUGUACCUAUCCUGGAUUUCUGUAAUCUGUAUUGAGAAAUUGGAAAACACUUUUAGGCAGUAUAUACAAAUUAAAAAAAUCUUAGUGGCAGUUAAAAAAAAAUCAUAUAAAGCCUAUAGAGGAAAUCACCAGGAAUUAAACAUUUAGAUAAAAUUAAAUAAAUAUACAUUUUGCCUAGUUUGGAUUGGAGACUUUUAUUUUUAUUUACCAAGUUUUUUACGAAUCUGCUUCCCCAGUGUGUUGGUUUAUAUUUAGGUGCAAUUGUUCCCUACUUUUUUUAUAUUUUGUUAUUUUGUGAGAAAAUGAAGAAAGUUGAGCAAUUUUUCUUAUCUAGUCUUUUAAUUUCUAUAGUGAUUUGUUUGUAAACUGUAUACAUUAUGAUCUUCAAUAAAACAUUAAUAAGAACAGUUUAUUAAUACAGCCACUACCAAAAGAGGACAUGAGGCUUAAGGGCUGAUAUUAAAACACUUUAAUUUAGGGUUACCUAAUUGCUAACCAACUAUAGUUGUUGGGUUUGAUAAAGACAGAUAAUUACCACAUAUUGAUUUGUACUGUUUAAUCUCAUAAUAGUUUACAUUAUUAAAGCUGUUACACAAAUUCGAAUGUAAAAUUGAAAAUAAAUAUUUUAUGUA